GGCUGGUCGGCAGGGCAUACCUGGGCGUAUUAGGGCGUCGAAACGUAACCCAGCGCAGCCUAGCCACCGCCCGCGGCCUCAGCCUCGGCCACCUCGGCCAGUGGAGUCACUCCAGUGCAGUGAGGGACCUAGGACAGGGAAGGGACCUAGCGCGCCCACUGCACGCUCCGAGCCGCCGAAGGAAACCAACGUCCUGUACGAGUCGCCAUACUAGCCUUGCAGACAUGGUCCUGGGGUGCUGUCUGCUGCCGAUACCCGAGCUGUCCUUGCUGCUGCUGGCCGUGGUGCUGCUGACGCUGCUGCUGGCCGACAUCAAGAAGCCCCCAGGCUACCCGCCAGGCCCCGCCUGGUUCCCGGUCGUCGGCACGUACCUGCAGCAUCGCCAGCUGCAACGCGAGUACGGCUACCUGCACGAGGUGUGGCGCAGCCUCUCGCGGCAGUACGGCGCCGUGGUGGGGCUGCGCCUGGGCCGCGACAGGGUCGUGGUGGUGUCCGGGGCCGCCGCCGUGCGCGAGGUGCUGACCCACAGCGCCUUCGACGGCCGCCCCGACGGCUUCUUCUUCCGGCUGCGCUGUUUCGGCGAGCGACUGGGUGUGGUGUUCACGGAGGGCGAGCACUGGCAGGAGCAGCGGCGCUUCGCGGUGCGCGUGCUCAAGCAGUUCGGCCUGGGCGGCCGCAGCAUGGAGGAGCAGGUGGCCGAGGAGGCCGCCGAGCUGGUGACGGCCCUGCGCGCGCGCGUGCUGGCGGCGCGCGGCGCGGACGGCUGCGUGGCCAUGGCGCACGCCUUCGACGUCAGCGUGCUCAACUCGCUGUGGGCCAUGCUGGCCGGCAGGCGGUUCGCGCUGGACGACGAGCGGCUGGCCGGCCUGCUGCACACGCUCAACGACUGCUUCCGCCAGACGGACGGCUCCGGCGGCCUGCUCAACCAGAUGCCCUUCCUGCGACACCUCGCGCCUCGCCGCUGCGGCUACACGGACACCGUGCGCAACCUCAACAAGCUGUGGGACUUCCUCAGGGAGACCAUCGUUGAGCACGAGCAGACCAGGGUACCGACCAAGCCGCGUGACCUCAUCGACGCCUUCCUGGAGGAGAUGCAGGGCCGAAAGGGCACGGACAGCACGGGCAGCACGUACACAGAGAAGCAGCUGCUGUCGCUGCUGCUGGACUUGUUCAUGGCAGGCGCCGAGACGACGAGCAACACGCUGGGCUUCACCGUCAUGUUCCUGCUGCGCCGCCCCGACGUGCAGCGCCGCGCGCAGGAGGAGCUGGACCGCGUCGUGGGGCGAGGCCGGCAGCCCAGCCUGCAGGACAGGCCGCGGCUCAACUACCUGGAGGCGGUGCUGAAGGAGGCGCAGCGGCUGGCCAACGUGGCGCCCGUCGGCGUGCCGCACAGGGCGAUGCAGAACGCCACCAUCAUGGGGCACACCGUCCCGAAGGACACCACCGUGCUGGCCAGCCUGUGGUCCGUGCACAUGGACCGCGAGUACUGGGGCGACCCCGAGCGCUUCCGACCCGAGCGCUUUCUGGACGACGCCGGCCUCAAGUCCGCGGAGUACCUCCUGCCCUUCGGCCUGGGCAAGAGACGCUGCCUGGGCGAGAAGCUGGCCCGCUCCAACCUGUUCAUGUUCCUGGCCUUCUUGCUGCACCACUUCUCGAUGGAGCCGUGCCCGAAGCACCCCGUCGGCGACCCGAUAGAGGACCGCCACUUCCUCGACGGCUUCACCUUGUGCCCCAAGCCCUUCUGCGCGCUGCUCACUGCCAGGGACGCCGCAACGGAGCACGCCGACGGCCAGGGCUGAGGGACUGCGAGCAAGACUGCGAGCCUAGCGCAUA